ACCACACAUAUGGUAUUUUUGGUAGACAACGUUUAUUUAGAGAAAUACGUAAUUAUUGUAAUUAUGUACUUAAUUGGAUAUUUACAGUUUUGUAGUCACUUUAAUACUUUAUAGUACUUGUGCAUAUUUCACUUUACAAAACACUAGCAUUAUCUUGUCAGUCUCAAAACAAGGGCAGAAAAUCUUACAAAAAACUGGACGGAAUUAAGAUUUCCCAGCCAAGAAAAUUGCACUCAAUUAAAAAAAACGUACAAACCCAGAAUUCUUCCCAAAAUAUGCCCCCACUCACCACCGCCGCCAUCCUGACCUUCAUCCCCAACAACAUCUGGUCCCCUUUGAAAAAAUUUCUUACCCGAGAUGGCAUCAUCACGUUUGACCUCGCCUUCAAAAUAUCGACCAAGUACACCCCCGCCCUCCUCACGGUCGGGAUCUGUCUCUCUUUUGCGAACCAGUUCGUCCGCAAUUUGGAAAUUGAUUGUGUCACAAAUGUUGACGAUGGUGGUGGAGGUGGCGGAGGAGGAAAUCGUCGCGGCGGUGGGGUCAGCGUGGGUGGAAGUGUAAUCUCCGAUUUGAACGACUACUGUUGGAACCACGACACUUUUCUCGUGGUGAAAGCGCUGGAACCGGAAAUGCGGGGAGAGGUCAGCUACCCGGGUGUGUCAGGAUAUCGGAAAGAUAGAGAUGCCGUAAUUCGACAAAGAUACUACAAGUUUGUGUGGAUGAUCCUUGCGAAAAUGGCGGUGUUCUCAUUUCUGCCGUACUUCUUUUGGAAGGCACGCGGAGUCACAAAGCUGAAACCACUCUUGGACGUGUCCUCCUCCCCCGGCGACAUUGACAUUACCGAGCAUGACAUCCGUGUCAAGUAUUUCUUAGAAACAGCCGGAUUUAACGAUUCUUUCGCAGUUUAUUACUUUUUUUGCAAAAUAUUCGCAACCUUGACCCCAGUCGCGGAAUACUUUUACCUCAGCGGCAUCAUCGGUUUACCUUAUCGAUACUAUGGCGUGUCAGUUUUUGCCCAUUUCUUCGACGAUUCUGCUCCCUGGCCAAAUCCAAUGGAUGUCCUUUUCCCAAAAAUGGCGAAAUGUAACUGGAUCCAGUACGGAUUUGGGGGCGACCCGGAAAUCAAGUCGGCCCAGUGUCAACUCCCCAUGAACAACUUGACGCAGUGGUCAUUCUUCGUGUUUUGGUGGUGGUUGGCGUUCACCUUUGUGGUCAAUCUGCUCUCACUUUUCAGGAUAUCUUUGUUCAUGUGUGGUCCAUACCGGAAGUACAGUUACCGGAGAUUUGUCUCCCGAGCGUGCAGGGACGAUGUGGAGAAGGCGAGGAGUUAUGUCUUCCUAGAGAAGGGAGCCGUGAUAAAUAAGCAGUUUAGUAAAAAGGAGAUUGUCCUCGUCAAGUUGAGCUUUGGAGAUGUUUUGGUCCUCUCCUUCAUAAAACGUAACUUGGAAGAAUGGGAAUUUCGCGAAUUUAUACGAACCAUGGCCACCACUAAAAAUCAUUUUUUACAACUCAACCCCGUAAUUGCUACCCCACCCGCCCCGAAGCAGGGUUCCCUUGGGGGAGACAAAUUAGACAAAGGUGGCCCAGAACCACCCAACGAAAUGGGAUUUAUCAUUCCAAAUUCAAUUUUAGGAGCCAAUUUUAUCCAUCAAACUCCAACCGCACCCUUUUUCGCCACGCCACCUUAUUCGGAUCAGUCCACCGCGGAAAUGGUGACGGAAGGGGAUGAGUGGUCUGAUUCUGUCGUUCCCUCGCCCCCACUCCCCGGCUGGUCGAUACCACUUAAGGAUCCUGUGACUUUGGAGAGAAGAAGCAGUUCGGGUUAUUUGGGAGGCGGAAAACCGAAACAUAAAGUGAGCAAGAAGUCCAUCCCGUUAAAUCCGGCAAUGCCCGCGCCAAGGUAUGCACCAAAUAAGGGGGGCAACCCCCUCUACACAAGGAGCAACAAGGGCCCAAAUUAUCCCGGAAUGGGUGACGAUGAACGAUACGAUAUUUGACGAAAGUAUAGGUUUUAAGAUUUUAGUAGCUCAAAGUUAGUAAAAGAAAUUAUGGUUUUUAAAAUGUUAGUUUCCAUUAUUUAGUUGUGUUUUUCAUUUCAACCGUAUUUAUGAUUUCCAUACGUCACAAUUAAUUAUUUAAUCUCCUUAAAAUAUUGUAUGAAUAAAUGCAUAUUAUUUAUGUAUUUAUGUAUGAAUAA